UUGGCGGCGCGGCCAUGUCUCUACCUGCAGACCUGAGCUGUCUGCAGGGCGUCGGGGGGGCGGAGGGGGAGGCAGCUCUGGCCACGCUGGAGAAACAGCUGAUCUGUCCCAUCUGUCUGGAGCUCUUCAACAAACCCGUGGUGAUCCUGCCCUGCCAGCACAACCUCUGCAGGAAGUGUGCCAACGAGCUCUACCAGCCCUCCCUGUUCCAGGCUCGCACCACCAUGAUGUUAAGCAGCGGCCGUUUCCGCUGCCCGUCCUGCCGACAGGAGGUGGUGCUGGAUCGCCACGGCGUCUUCGGCCUGCAGAGGAACCUGCUGGUGGAGAACAUCAUCGACGUCUACAAACAAGAGGUCGCCAACUACAACAACAAGGCGGCAAGCGCCCUCCCUCCUCCUCCCUCUCCUGCUCAGCCGACGUGUCCGGACCACGAGGGGGAGAAGGUGAACAUCUACUGUCUCACCUGUAAGGUCCCCACCUGUUCUCUGUGCAAGGUGUUCGGGGCUCAUCAGUCCUGUCAGGUGGCUCCUCUGAGCGACGUCUACCAGCUGCAGAAGGUAAAAAUAAAAAAACUAUUUUUAUAUUUGUGUUUGCAGAAACGUUCUUUUAAAUUCUUAUAUUGUUGUUUUUUUGAUAUUCAGUUAACUUUUUCUUUUUUCUUUUUUUUUAAAUCCCAGGAUGAGCUGAGUGAGGAGGUCAGCUCUCUGAAGGCGUACAACGACAAAGUCCAGGCUGUGAUCAACAACCUGGAGCAGACCUGCAGAAACAUAGAGGAAAACUCCAAGACGCAGAAACAGCGAGUGUGUGAGCAGCUCGAUCACGUGUUGUCCAUCCUGGACGAGAGGCGGAAGGCGAUGAUGGAGCGGAUCACCUCCGAGCAAGACGAUAAGACGGGACACGCCCAGUCGUUGAUCCGUUGCUAUAGAGACAGUGUGGAGGCCAACAACAGGCUGAUGGAGAGAGCGGCGAGCAGCAUGGAGGAGGCGGACGUGCUGCUUUUGUUCAGAGUUCGAGAGAGCUCGUGACAAUAGUUUUGGCAGCAGCCAGCUUUUCUCCAGCGGAGACUCUGACGCCGGGUUACGAGCGUUUGAGUAACUACACGUUUAACUUCAGCCGACAGGAGCGAGCGUUGAGGAGCAUCGACUUCCCCAAACAAGAUGUUCCUGCAGAACCAGAACCAGAACCAGAACCAG